AUGUAUUUCCCAUUAUUCAUUUCCAACGCUACCCUAACGCACACCAUAGAGUGGUCCCACCAGUCUGCCCUCCAGUCGAGUGCUAAAUACAAGGCACAUGAUGACUUCGAUGUUACCAUUAUCUGGAACAAUAUACACUCGGAAAGCGAUUUCCUCUGUUUUCGAAAGGAAUCGUGUGGUCCAAUUGAACGAAUCUUGGGCGACUUUGCGAGAGUAUUGGAAAGUGGAGUAUUCGAGGAGGUGGUGAGUUUAAAUGCGAGUAAGCAUUUGUUAUGCGUAGUGGUCAUUUGUUCGAAGAACCAGGAUGAGGAUGUUAUAGAUUCAAUUCUGAGUGUGCAUUGA